AAUGUUUGUUGCUUCCGGUUACAAUUUAUUUCUUUGGUCAACAACUGGAACAUUGUCAUUGUCUUGGAUUUGUUGUGACAUAAAAUCACCAGGCUGGAAUCAAUCCAAAAUAUUAUUUUUACUGAAACUUAUGCUUUUAAUGGCUGCAGCAAUUAAUCAAUUGUCAAUAAUUUGCAAGGAAAAAUAGAUAGUGUUCUUACAUAAUUUUUGUUUAUAAAUAUUGUGUUAGUUUAUAGUGAAUUAUAUUUAAAAGUAAAACUGUUUAAUAUGGUAACAAAGACUUUUCAUAGUGAUCUUGAGACAAAAUGUGUUGAUGGGUUCGAGUAAUUCUAGGAGAAGCAGAACUAUGAGCACAAGUAGUGAGACUGAAACAGAAGUUUUGGGAGCUCAAGGUGGAUCAGAUUAUCCAUCGGCAAGAGCUGCAGAAUAUCCAUCUCCAAGAGGAAUAGAUUGUCCGCCACCAAGAGGAGCUGGUGGAUCAGAUUGUCCUACACCAAGGGGAGCAAACUCUUCAACUAGAACUGGCGGUGAGGAGGAUCAGCACGAUUUACAAGCAAUACUGGCAUACCUAAUACGCAGGUAGCUACAUCAUGUACAUUGGUCAGGUGAGGAUAGUUACACAGCAUGAAGAGGGUGAUGAUGAGGAGGAAUAUUCUGAUGAUUAUGAAUUCUGCAGCAGUGCUUCAAAACCUCCAAGACCCGAUGAUGACCCUGACACCAGUAGAAUAGAUAUUAAUGAUAUAAAGAAUCAGGUAUUAGGAGAUUCUGGAAGAUUACAAAAGAAUGGCAUCAUGAAGAAAAAGCCGACAACUAUAGUGGGAUUGUUACAGAAUAGAGAAAUUGGAAGAAGAGGAAAUCAACAAUUUACUUGCAGUGAUAGGAGAGCUAUAUCUUGUCAAUAUCUACCAAAUAGCAGAACAGUGAUAGAUAAUUAUUAUCAUAAAGCUUUCUGUGGGACAUACUCUAAAGAAGGAAACAUAUUCCUGACAGCUGCUCAAGAUCCAAAUUUACGGAUUUACAAUACAGAAAAUGGUAAAUUUGACAAAUUUAAAACCAUCAGAGCAAGAGAUGUAGGAUGGAGUGUAUUAGAUACAGCAUUUAGUCCUGAUGGCCUGUAUAUGGCAUACUCUAGUUGGUCAGACUGCAUUCAUCUAUGCAAUAUAUAUGGAGAAGAGGAGACCCAUAAAUCAUUACAUCUGUUCCCAGGGGAUCAUAGCUUCAGUAUUUUCUCUCUUGCCUUUUCUUCUGACAACAGAGAAAUUCUUGGUGGAGCCAACGAUGGUUGUUUAUAUAUAUAUGAUAGACAUGAAGACCAAAGAACUUUGAAGAUUGAUGCUCAUGAAGAUGAUGUCAAUGCAGUAACCUUUGCAGACGACAGUUCACAUAUUCUGUUCAGUGGUGGCGAUGAUGGGUUGUGUAAGGUAUGGGACAGAAGAACUUUAAGAGAUGACAACCCUCUACCUGUUGGUGUAUUAGCAGGACAUUGUGAUGGAAUUACAUAUAUAGAUCCUAAAGGAGAUGCUCGAUACCUGCUAUCCAACUCAAAAGACCAAACAAUGAAAUUGUGGGAUAUAAGGAUGUUCUCCUCACAGUGUGCUAUUUCAAAUACGAAAAAAGCAGUUUCCAAACAACGAUGGGAUUAUAGAUGGCAACAAGUCCCAAGGAAAGUACAAGCAAAGAAGAGUUUAGAGGGAGAUACUUCAGUGAUGACAUACAGAGGACACUCCAUUCUCCAUACACUGAUCCGAUGUCACUUCUCGCCACAAUACACAACAGGGCAGAGAUAUGCUUAUACUGGGUGUGCUACUGGAGCAGUUGUCAUAUAUGAUUUGCUAACUGGAGAGAUUGUUACCAAGUUGACUGGACACAAGCAGUGUGUAAGAGAUGUGUCAUGGCAUCCUUACGAGAACACACUAGUUUCCACUUCGUGGGAUGGAAUGGUUGGUAAAUGGGAAUACAUGCAAGAAGAAGAUUCAGAGGAUGAGUACAGUGAGACGUCAGAUUCUGAUGAAAGUCCGUCAGAAGAUGAUUGUCCUCCGAGAAGAAGUCGUCGGAUAGCGGACAAAGACAGAAGACAAGUUGAACACUUCCAGAGACAAGCUCUAUUCGAUUGAGGAAUUGUGUAUUCAUUGCAAGCUUACAUUUGUAUUUAUAUAUCCCAUGAGGCUUCAGCUAGUAAAACAGAUUCAUAUGACCUUCAACUGCUGACUUGUACAAUAUAUUUGAUUAAUCGUGUGGUGCUUAUACACCAUUCUUGUAUUAGAUACUAUGAUCUACAUGAAUCACAUGAAUCACAUAUCUUGGAAUGUUUCAUUGAUAGAUAGAUAUUUAUAUGGAGAAAAUACAACACGACCAUGACCUUGAAAUAACAUGGAGAAAAGUAAAAUGUUGGAAUGUUGAUCAGAGUGAUAGUAUUACUACUCAUUGUGUUCCUUUUGAAAUGUAUAAUGUAUAGGGGUAUGAUGUUAUGUUGUUGUUAAAAUUUAUUAUACUUUGAAGGUAUUUCUGUGUUUGUACUAAAUUUAGUUUAAUUUACACACAAAACGUGUGAUGAUACCACUGCUAGUAUUAACUGGAGGUAUAUUAUGUUAAUGGUUUUGAUCUGUCCUUCAUUUUAAUUCUGUGUAAAUAAGAUGAGUAAUUUGAGAUUUUAGUAGAAUAAAUUAGGAUUGGAAUUGGUUGAUUUCCCUGUACAGAAAAUUCCCUCCAUCCCAGGGCAUCCCCUUUUAUUAUUUUGUUAGGAAAUACAUCUUGUAUUAAGUGUUUGCAUUUUGGCCUUUUGUUCAUUAGCUGUCUAAGGAUUCAAAUGUGGGAUUCCCUUGUCUGUUUAUUAAUCAGCCUGUUUAUAUAUUUACAUAGUUUUCUUCUUGAUAUAUUUAUUCUAUAUUCAUUAAAAAAUAUAAAAUCUUAUUUAUGAAGUCUAUUGAAAGAUCUUGCCAGUGUAUUUCAAUUACUUAUUGAUUAACCAACCUACUCAGGAUUAUCUAAAUUACAGAAAGCCAAAAUGAAAUUAUUUGAACUAGCAGUCUAUAUCGUCAUAGAGUGUUUAAAAAAUUAACUAGUAGCUUCAAGUGGAAGGUUAAUUCAGGCAAUCUAGCUGACAAUUUAUACUAAUGGCGAAAAAUUAUUUCUUAUAAUUGGCUGCAUGGUAAUCAUAGGUUAGAAAACAGUAUAGUUUUACAGGAAUAAUAUUGGGAAUCAAGAGUACAUGUUAUUUUGCAAUAGCACUUAUGUAAGGUAUAAUUUAUUUGAUACCAGGUAAAGGCUAAAUGACAGCAGGUUUUAAUGAUACUGCUUGAAGUAAAUCAUGUCUGUAUAAUUUAUCUAAUACCAAUGUAAGGUUUAAUGACAGCAGUUUUUGUUUACUACUUGUAGUAUAAUAAGUCUAUUUGUCGAUUUAAAUGUGGCACAUUGAUUUUUGAAAUGGACUUCACCUCAUGUUCACACACAGAUUUUGAAUUGUUGCAGAUAUUGUCUUGUCUAGCCCCUUUAUAGCUUAAUAAAUGGUAUGGGUUUUGCUUAUUAUUGAAGGUCAUACAGCGACCAUUGUUUUAAUCUGCUACAUUUUGAGUAUUGGGUAGUUGUAUCACUGACAUUCAUACCUCAACUCUUUAUUGGACAAUGAGUUAUGUCUUGUUUUGAUAUCGCUAUUAUGCUAUCUUGACCAUAUGUAUCAUAUUUAUUUAAUGUUUUAUGCCCCAUUUAUGUGCAUUAUGUUUUUCGGUCUGUGUGUCUGUUCGUUUGUUUGUCAUUAUGUGAUAAAUUGCUGUUUAACAUUUACAUCAUGAUAUUGAUCAGUUAAUUUUUUUUUAUUGUUUGGUUAUUUCUGUUUUUAAUUUUUAGUUACAUUAUUGUAAAUAAAUAUGUUAUACAUAUUCAAUAUUACAUAAUAUAAAAAAAAAAUUGUUACAAAAAACAUUGUAGGUAUGCAAAAUUGCAUGAAUAUUACUUGUAAAUAUGUAAAGCUACUUGACUUAAUUUCUUUUACAACAUGGCGCUAACCAACAUAUUUUUGACCAGGAAAUUCCCACUUUUCUCAAGCUUGGACUUUUCCUCUGGUCGUUGGAUCUAACCUAUUAGUCAGUACCCCUCUCUAGAUCAUGACUUUUACUUCCAAAUUUUCAACAAAUAGUGAGUAGGUAUGGUACUUUGUUAAAAAGACCAAACUAUUCAUUUUGAUAUAAGAAAGAAAUAUAUAUUUUUCUCUCUACUAGGUUUAUAAGUAUAAAUUUCAUUUUGAUUAUGGGAAUUUUUAUCCUAUCAACUUAAAAAAAAAUGACCAUAAGAAUAUUAUUAGGUUUGAAUAUUGUGUAAAUUGAAACAGGUAAUAUGAUAUCAUUUAAAUUAUAAAAGAUCAAUUUUAGCCUCAUAAGGAUAACAACAAUACCUCGGAAGUUGAGAAUUUUGAAUAAAAAAAUAUGUAUUACAAUGUAUUGAUAUUGAACAGAAGAUUAUCAUGUAAUCAUCCAAAGGUUUAUAAUUGGUUGAUUUAUUACACAUGUGAUCAUCAGAAGGUUUAUAAUUUGUUGAUUUAUUACACAUUGUUAUUACCAUAAAGUUAGGUAUUUUUAUGUUUUGUGUUCCUCUUCAGACUGCAUGUGCACAAUAUAAAUACAGUUGUGCUAGAAACAUUAAGUAAUAUCACUAUCUCUUGCUGUUAAUGAGCUUUCAAGGUGCUAGACUAUGUACUACAGAAGUCAGGAAUAUAGCUUUUAAUGCACAUGUUAUACUUGUACUGGGUAAUGGGUAUAUUAAAUCAGUUUAUUUUUCAUAGAAAACAAGAAAUAAAUACUUCAUGAUGAUCAGAGUUUUAAACGAUCUCAAAUAGCUAUACAGCCCCUUACAUGGUCAGUUCAUACAUGCAUGUUUUUGAUUGAACUUUUAAUUUAUUCAUGUCUGAGUUGGAAAAUUGGGAAUUUUUUUUAGAAGAAUGGAAUACUUUUAAACAAGUAAAGUAAUUCUUUUUCAUUUAUAAUAUCUUUGUACCUUUCCAGAUAUUUAGCUUGACAUACCAUUGACCUGUUAAUGUCUUGUUUAGAUAUACAGACAACCUCCAUGCUUUCAAAUUAACAGGAUAUUUUUCAUGCAUCCUUUGGUGCAACCUGUGAGUCACAUGUACUAAACGGAAGAAGUUAGCUUAUAUCCUUUUUUUCCUUUUUUUUUGAGAUACCUUAUCAUCAUUUCAUCUACCUGUAGAUUCCUGAAAUAGUUUGAAUAUAAUAGAUAUAUCUUGAUUUAAUUAAAGCUAAUCAUAAACCUAUUAAUUAUAGGGUGUAUGUGCUAUGAUAAGUCAUUGCUGUGUUUUUAAUAAAAUAUGAUUGUAUUUUUUGUUUGUUUUGUUGGAAUGAAAACAUAUAAAGGAUUGUACAUAUAAUUGAUAAUAAAGAUCAUGAUUAAAA